AUGGUGCGGUCGCCAUGGGAACGCGGCGGAGCCGGGAGCGGUGCGAUGGCGGCGGCGGGCGGCGCCGACGGGGGGAGCAUGGGCCCGGGCCCGUCGCCGGGAACCCCUCCGGGCGAGGAGGCGGCCAUCGCCGCGGCCCCCCCGGACCGUCCCGCUGCCCCCGCCGGACCCGAGCCGCGGAGGAAGCGCAGUGUCCCCUCCAUCAACCUGAGCGGCUGCAAGUACGAGAGUGUGCGGCGGGCGGCGCAGCACUGCGGGCUGAAGGAGGCGGCCGAAAACGAGGAGUGGACGGUGUACUGGACAGACAGCACGGUCACUUUGGAGCGCCUCAUGGAAAUGAAGCGCUUCCAGAAAAUCAACCACUUCCCAGGCAUGAUCGAGCUGUGCCGCAAGGACCUGCUGGCUCGCAACCUGAACCGCAUGCUCCGGCUCUUCCCCAAGGAGUACAACAUCUUCCCCCGCACGUGGUGCCUGCCAGCCGACUACGGAGAUUUCCAUGCCUAUAGAUCCACGAGGAAAGCAAGAACAUUCAUCUGCAAGCCCGACAACAGCUGCCAGGGAAGAGGGAUCUUCAUAACCCACCACCCAGAGGAGAUCAAGCAUGGGGAACGCAUGAUCUGUCAGCAGUACAUCUCUGAGCCCUUCCUCAUCGAUGGCUUCAAGUUCGACAUGCGCAUCUACGUGCUGGUCACAUCCUGUGACCCACUGAAGAUUUUCCUUUACAAGGAGGGCCUGGCCCGGUUUGCCACCAUGAGGUACAUCGAUAACAGCACGAGAAACCUGGGUGACAUCUGCAUGCAUCUGACCAAUUAUGCAAUCAACAAACACAAUGAGAACUUCAUCAAGGACGACAGGGUGGGCAGCAAGAGGAAGCUGUCCACCCUCAAUGCCUGGAUGGCAGAGCACAACUAUGACACAUCAAAGCUCUGGGCAGAUAUUGAUGACAUUGUUAUAAAGACACUGAUUUCAGCUCACCCUGUGCUGAAACACCAUUACCAGACUUGCUUCUCCAACCACACUACUGGCUGUGCCUGCUUUGAAAUCCUGGGCUUUGACAUUUUGCUGGAUAGAAGGCUGAAGCCAUGGCUGCUGGAGGUGAACCACUCUCCCAGCUUCAACACAGAUUCUCAGGUAGACCAUGAGGUGAAGGAUGCCCUUCUGUGUGACACCUUCAACCUGAUCAAUGUGCACGCCUGUGACAGAAAGAAGGUGCUGGAGGAAGACAAGCGGCGGGUAAAGGAACGGCUCCUUCAGGCCAACCAGACUCCCUGGGAGUCCAGGCGCAGGGAGCAGGAGAGCAGCCAGGCUGCCUGGCUGGCACAGGCUGAAACCUACGAGAACGAGCACCUGGGGGGGUUCCGACGCAUCUACCCAGCACCUGGGACAGAGAAGUAUGAGCCAUUCUUCCAGCAGAGCAGGUCCCUCUUCCAGGAAACAGCAGCAUCCAAGGCAAGAGAGGUGUAUGCCAGGCAGCAGCUGGAGGAGAUGCGCCUGAAAAAUGAAAAGAUGGAAGCUUCCAGGAAGAAGAAAACAGAGAGGAUCCAGAAUAAAAGCACAACUCCUACAACCCACCUUUCCUACAGAAGCACCAAGGCGUGGGACAGAAAGCGCGUGCAGUACAACUCCAUGCAGCCCCAGAACAUCGUGGAACAUGAAGAGAAGAGGAGAGUGAGUGCUCUGCUGCAGCGUGAGAGGCAGAUCCGAGGCCUGGGCAUCGCCGAGCUGCUUUCCCGGCUGCUCCCCACACCUCACUCCCAGGGAUCCUGCACACUCCAGAGCCAGCUGCCGUUUCCCUGGGAUGUCAUCGGGGACCACAACGCCCACGAUGUAAUGAUGUUUUUCUCAUUCCUGGGAGUCCCAGCUCAGACCCUGGGCCACAGGGCCAUACCCAGCCCCAGAGCCCAGGCCCUGCCGCGGCACUUCCCAGGCCCAGAUCCCGAGGACAUGCAGACCCUCUGCAUCCAAGGCCAGAGUGUCCCGUACCACGCGCGGCACGAGGGCUCGCGGGCGCUGGGCGGGGGCUGGCUGCAGGGCCAGGCAGCGGGGGCAGCGCUCACCCAGCCCUGCGCCCACCCCAAGGGGCUGCAGCUGAGAGACCAGGGUUUGCCUGGCACCGGCAGCCAGGCUGAGGGCUGCGAUGAUGGUAGUCUGUCAUCCUUCGAUGGAGGCAGCUGUCCCCCAGCUUCCCCAGCCAGCCCAGAGCAGGCCACAGGUGAUGGCAUCUUCAGCUGUGCUGUGGUGCAGGAGCUUCCCACCGCCACUGCCGCCCACGUGCAGCACACACAGGCCUCAGACCACGGCAGAGCCUCGCCGUGCCAGUGCGUCACACCAUGCCAGCACCUUGCCCCGUGCCAGUGCCUCACACAUUCACAGCCUGAAAAGCACAGGGCGCGGCGGCGGCGGGCGGCGGCGCGGAUGGAGCGGCUGCGGCGGGAGCUGGGCGGGGGGCGCGGAGCCCCCGAUCGCGCCCUGACCUGGCAGGCCAUGGAGCAGCUGCGGUUCCUGCGGCAGGAGCUGCCCGAGGAGUGGCCGCUGGAGCGCCUGGCCCAGGGCUUUGGCGUCAGCCCCGACGUGGUGCGGCGGGUGCUGCGGAGCCGCGGCUGCCCCUCGCCGCGCCGCCGCCUGCGGCAGGACCAGCGGGCGCUGAGCGCCGCCGCCACGGCUCCGCCGCCGGGACGGGGAGCGGGGGACGGGCGCGAGGUGCGCGCCCCCGACGGGACGCUGCUGUACCGGCUGCCGCGGGGCUGGGGCGGGCAAUAAAUGCAGUUGGGACCCGC